CGCUUGUGGUUAGUCAAUGUGCGGUGACAACAGUCGAGUGUGGAAUCUCAGAGUGUGCAGCUCAAGUGUAGGAUGACGCAAACCAAGCUACAGAUCCAAACAAAGGAGAAGCCAAAGGAGGAGUGGGGAAAUGGAUUAGAAUUUCUCUUUUCCUGCAUCUCACUGUCGGUUGGAUUGGGAAAUAUCUGGCGAUUUCCCUACAUUGCCUUUCAGAAUGGCGGCGGCACAUUUGUGAUACCCUAUCUAAUUGUCUUACUGGUGAUUGGAAGACCUGUUUACUAUUUGGAGAUCUCGCUGGGUCAGUUUCGUGGUGGAGGCGUCUUGCGUGCCUUCGAUCUGGCUCCGAUUCUUAAGGGAGUGGCAGCCGGACAAGUUCUGGCCACUGGCGCUUCCAUAACUUAUUAUUCGAGCAUUAUGGCCUUGACCCUGCGAUUUCUGCUUGCCUCAUUCAGUUCGGUGCUGCCGUGGAGCAGCUGCCACGAGAGCUGGGGCAACGACUGUCAUGAUGGCAACUCCCUCAAUGCCACGGGAAAAAUGUCACCCGCUCAGUUGUACUUCGAGCGUGAGAUUCUACAUGAGCUGCCCAAUAUUGACAAUGGUCUUGGUCAGCCCAGUUGGCAGCUAGUUGCCUGUCUCGCGGUUGCCUGGCUGAUCAUUGGCGGCGUCCUCAUACGUGGCAUCAAGAGCAGUGGCAAAGCCGCCUACUUUCUGGGCGUGUUUCCAUAUGUCGUGCUACUCGUGUUGUUGCUACGUGCGGUGACUUUGCCUGGUGCCUGGGAUGGGAUUGUCUACUUUUUUAAGCCUCAAUGGCGAGAGUUGCUUAAUCCACUUGUCUGGUAUGCAGCUGUUACCCAGGUUUUCUUCUCGUUGGCCAUUUGCUUUGGCACAUUGAUCACCUACGCCUCCUACAACAACUUUAAUAGGAAUGUCUACAACGACAUUGUCAUCAUCACAACAAUGGAUUCUUGUUCCUCCAUAAUCGCUGGUUGCAUUACCUUUGGCAUUCUGGGCAACUUGGCCAAGCAAACGGGCAUCACGGACAUUGGCAGUGUGGUCAAGGGUGGCGCUGGAUUGGCCUUCAUCUCGUAUCCGGAGGCCAUUGCCAAGUUCGAGUAUGUGCCACAGAUGUUCGCGGUCCUUUUCUUCCUCAUGCUCUUUGUCCUAGGCAUCGGCAGCACGGUCGGCAUGGGUUCCUGCAUCCUGCGCGUCAUACGCGACCAAUUUGGAAAGAGGGCCGGGCCCAGUUGGGCGCUGGCUGGCGGUCUGGCAACGCUGGGCUUUGGUGUGAGCAUCGUGUACAUGACACCCGGUGGACAAUUUAUCCUCAAUCUGGUCGAUUUCUAUGGCGUCUCCUUCACGGCAUUGAUACUCGCCAUUGGCGAACUACUCGCCGUCUCCUGGUUCUAUGGUGUGCGUCGCUUUUGCGCAGAUAUCAAAUACAUGAUGGGCAUUGAAACCGGCUGGUAUUGGCGCCUCUGCUGGGCCUACAUUACACCCGGCCUCAUGACAGCCGUCCUGCUCUACACGCUGUUCGACAUGUCCGCCCUAACGUACAAGGGCGUGGCAUAUCCACAAUUAGCACAUGUGUUUGGUUGUUGCCUGGCUGCCUUUGGUCUGUUGCAGCUGCCCGGCUGGGCAUUGUAUGCUGUGUACAAGCGUCGCAAAACCGGCGACAGUUUGUGGCAGGGGCUUUGUGCUGCCUGCCAACCUGCCGAGAGCUGGGGACCCGCCAAUGCGCAAAUGGCCCACGAAUAGCUGAGAGAGUGAGCAAACGCUGCGUAUACGCAAUGUGCGUGUGACUAGAUUCAAUUUUAGAAUACAUACUUUCAUAAUAAUAAUAAUGCAAUAUUUUGACAUGGGUCAUAAGAACUAAAA